CCAACGUAUUCUUUCGUAGGCGUCGUUCGGGUCAAAGUGAACGUUCGCCUGCGUUUAUUGGAAUAUUGUUCGUUUCUAAAAUUAAUUAUUCGAAAUAUUUUGAACAAACGUGUGUAUUAGGCUCGAUCAAAGUUAUUUCGUGAUUAUUAUUGGUUACUUUUUUGCAAUUUCAAUAUUUUCCAAAAUUAAAAUAACAAAUUUUCAAGAUAAAAAUGCGUGAACUAGAAAGUCAAAGAAUUUUAAAGGACGAAGAAUGUUUCGAAAUCAUAAGAAAGAAACUUCAUCGAGAUUGCAUGGAGGAUUUCUCUUUGAUCGAUUACGAAUUAGUGCCUAUAGACGGUGUCAAUGGUUACAUGGGUCAAUAUUUUAAACUCAAGGCUACGGUCGCACGACCGAUGACGCCGUUGGAAACGAAAGAUUUGAAUUUCUUCACGAAAAUACCACCGCCUAUCAGUAGUCCUCAAUAUGAGUUUACUCAACAAUAUGGUACUUUCAAGAAAGAGGUCGAACUUUAUACCAGAGUUUUUCCUGAAGUUUUGGAUGGGACCGAACAAAGGUAUAUACCAGAGUGUUUCUUGGGUUUGGAGGAUGACGUUAUUGUGUUGGAAGAUAUGGCACAUAGAGGAUUCGUCAUGACAGAUAAGUUUGAGCCAUUUGAUUUUGAACAUUGCCAGGUGUUGAUGAAAACACUUGCCAGGUUCCAUGCUAAAUCGUUUAUCUUCGAGGAACAAUAUAAAAGAAAUCUUCACGACGAAUUCUCUCAUUGCAUGCAAGAAACACUUUGGUCUCUGAAAGAAGGUAGAAGCAAGGCCAUGUUCGAUGCAGCUGUUAAGGGUACGGUUUCUAUGAUUGGGAUUUUACCAAAUCUCAAUGAUAAUCAGAAAGAAGCAUUUAAAGGAAAAGUCAUCGAUUUAUCCGCAAGUCACAUGGAUAAAUUAUCACCCUCGUCUAAGCACAAGAACGUUUUGUGUCAUGGUGAUUUGUGGGCGAAUAAUAUUUUAUUUAAAUAUGACAAAGAUAAGAAACCGAUCGAAUGUUGUCUGAUAGAUUUUCAAUUAGCCAGGUACAACCCACCAGCACAUGAUAUUUUAUGCUUUUUCCAAUUCACGACUAGUCGAGAAUUACGAGACAAACAUGGCGAGACCUUGUUGAAAAUUUAUUAUGAUUCAAUGACAGAGGCUUUGAAAGAAGCGGACUUAAACAUAUCAACGAUCUUUCCCUGGUCCGAAUUUAUAUCGUCCAUCGAAGAUUUACGUACUAUGUGUAUUACUCAUGGUGUUUUAAAUACUCCGAUCAUGCUUUUGGAACCUAGCGCGGCAAGCAAGUACUUCAGUGAGGAGCCUGAACUUCUCGAAAGUGUUCUCUACGUCGAUAGGACUCCUCUUAUUUGCGGACAAUUCGAAAAUGUUCCGAGAUAUCGAGCCAGGAUGCUCGAGGGUUUGCUCGAGUUACAUGAUCAUUUGAUCAACUAAAUGUUAUCUUUUUUUUUUACCAAAAAUUCCGACCUAUAGUAUUUCUCCGUAGUUUAUUAUUAAAUAUUUCUUCGAAAUAAUCCGUAUGAUUGCAAUAUUUUUAAUAUUGUUAAAAAUGCAAAUUUUACAAAUAAUAAUUGAAGUUUUUAAAGUCGGAUAUUUGUCAAUUCGAUUGAUUGAAUAAAAGUAUUCGUAAUGUUAGCUGCAAAUAAAUUGCAAAAAAAACUAAUAUCUUA